AUGCAGGCUGUGACUGUGCUUGUGCACAUCCGGCCCUUGAUCGGAGAGGAGCGAUCGCAAGGAAACGAUUGCGUGUCUGUUGUUCCUGGAGAGCCGCAGGUCCUUACUGGGGAGCAUCGUUUCACGUUUGAUCGAGUCUAUGGAGGCGGUGGAACUGCGCCGCCGUUUAUCUUUGAUCAAUGCGUUCUACCGCUCGUGGAGGGAUUGUUCCAAGGUUACAACGCCACCGUCUUUGCCUAUGGUCAGACUGGAUCUGGAAAGACAUAUACAAUGGGGACAGGAUACGGCAGCAAGGAGGGCGUUAUCCCUCGAGUCAUGGACACGCUCUUCCAGAAGAUCGACGCUUUGAAGCACAAGGCGGACUUUCAAGUCCGGGUUUCUUUUAUCGAGAUUUUCAAGGAGAACGUGAGAGACCUCCUCUCUUCAAGCUCUUCUGAGUCUCAUAUAAAGAUUCGAGAGACUGGGAGUGCAGGUGUUUUUCUCACUGGCGUCACCGAAGUGGACGUGAAAAGCUCGCAGGAAAUGACUGCUUGCUUGGACAAAGGCUCGCGGUGUCGAGCGACAGGCAGCACAAGCAUGAAUUUGCAUUCAAGCCGAUCCCAUGCGAUUUUCACCUUAAACGUCGAGCAGCGUCCAAAACUGAGUGGUGAUGCGUCACGAGCUACAGUCGAUAUUCUCCGUGCGAAGUUCCACCUGGUCGAUCUUGCCGGCUCCGAGCGAGUAAAGAAAACAAGAGCUGACGGGGAUCGUUUCAGUGAAGGUGUACAUAUAAACCGUGGCCUUUUGGCGCUUGGCAACGUGAUCAGUGCUUUAGGAGCUGACAAGAAACGAGGCCAUGUCCCGUACAGGGAUAGCAAACUUACACGCCUCCUACAGGAUUCACUGGGUGGGAACAGCCACACUACCAUGAUAGCUUGCAUUAGUCCGGCCGCUUCAAAUGCGGAGGAAACUCUGAACACGUUGAAGUAUGCCAAUCGUGCACGCAACAUCCAGAACAAGCCGGUGGUUAAUCGUGUAGUUGCUGAGAUCCAAAAAAUGCGACAAGAAGUAGAGCUGUUAAAAGGAGCAAAUCAGAUUCUGGAGAAGAAAUUGAGCUUUCUAGAGCAAGAGCUGCAAGACAUCAAGGAAAGCAAAGCAUUCCGCGUGCCAGAGAAUCAGCAGAGUGCUGGUCAAGAAGUGGUGGAAGUGAUCGUGAAGUGGGAAUUAAAUGGAGAGCUUAUCGCCAUCAUCAGUAUUGGAAAGAGAGCCAAGCUUUCGGAGCUACGAGCCCAGGUCACUCCAAGAGUUCCUCGUCUGAAGCGGGGUUUUACUUUCAUUUUGUGUGAGGGACCUGUCGGCCAAGAUCUGGAAGAUCAAAUCCGUGUGGUGUCGUUCAAGAACGACACUGGCGCUUUCGUUGUGGUGGUUCGUCCCCCAGCAACGCGAAGUUUUGCAAGCUUGAAACGAACCCCGCUCGUAGAAGUGACCAAGAAUGACGAGCCGGUGAAGCUUGUGAAGACGAGCGCUCCGAGAAGAGAGAAAAUAUCGCUGGCCCAGAGAGCCAAGAUGAGCGUCGUUGAUGAUAUACUAGCUAAGCUUCACUAG